AUGACAACAAAAAUAUUUUCUUGCAUCUCUUUAGACAAAGAAGAUGAGGAUUCUAACGGAGAUGGAAUUCCUGACCACCUGGACGAUGACGAUGAUAACGACGGAAUCCCAGAUCACCAGGAUCCGGACUCAAUGUCCUUCCUGUUGUACAAACACAAGCGUUUCCUAGAGGCCAUUCCCGCCGAAAUUGCCCGAAAUGAAGCCAAUCUUAUGAACGUGGACUUGGGCGACCCGAACGAUAAGGAUUGUGAUGGUAUUCCAGAUCAUUUGGACAAUGAUAUGGACAAUGACGGGAAAAUCGAUCGAACCCAGGACUCCGAUAUGGAUGGUAUGCUGAAUCACGUGGAUGACGAUGAUGAUAAUGACGGCAUCCCCGAUCAUUUGGAUCCCGACGCCAAUGGUGACGGUAUCCCGGAUUGCCGUAGAGAUGAUGAUUUGCACUACAAACUGGUUCGUUCUCCAUCUGGGUUGAUCAAAAAGGUUUUGCGCAUACGCAAACCUACUCAGGAAGAACAGCAUUUGACAUUUAUGGUAAACGAGGCCAAGAGAAAAUUGAUCAAGGUACGUGCCAUGAUGAACAGCCCCCCACCGAGGAGACCAUUGCAAACUGUGCCGGUAACGACGCCUUCCCCACCGCAAGCGGAAGAAGAUGCGGAAGAGCAGGAGGAGGAGCUGGACGAGGAGCCAUUGAUCCAAGUACAACCAAACCAUCCGAAAGUUGCUGCAGCGGCAAAGAAAGCCGCUGCAAAACAAGCGCAGNCUGAUGACAACGAUGAUGAAGAAACCGGAGAAGAAGAGGACGACGACAGCGAUGACACCGAUUCAGCUUUCAAAGACGGUGAUGAAACGAACAGUAUGGAACAAGUCAGGGGCUCCCGAGGAGGGUCGUUUUUUCUUGGUGCCGAUGCGGCAGAAGUUCCUACUAUAAAGAAGCCAGUGCCGGUCAAGGCAAAAAAGGAAGCCGAGGUAAAGCAGACAAAAAACAGUGCAGCUGAUGAAACUCCGAAGUCACCGAAGAAACCAAAGGCAGUCGUGGCACAACCAUCACUAACCAAAAAGAUGGCGUCAAAAAACGCACAAACGUGCAAAGCCGACUCGUGCACCGAUUCUGUCAAACCGAAACAAGCCCCAAUUAAAACUCCAGUGAAACCAAAGCCAAAUAAACCAGCUCCAUCAAAACCGGUCAAAUUGGCACCAAAAGCGGUGCUAUCAAAAAAAGCUGCUGUGAUUACUGAUUACGCAGAAGACGAGGAUGGAGACGGUAUUCCGGACUACUUGGAGGGUGAUUCGGACGGAGACGGUAUUCCAGACUAUAUGGAAGACGAGGAUGGGGACGGAAUCGCAGACUAUUUGGAGGACGAGGACGGAGACGGUGUGCCGGACUAUUUGGAUGAUGACUCAAGUUACCGACGUGGUAAGUUACAAAUGGACUCAGAUGGAGAUGGUAUUCCUGAUCACUUAGAAGGGGACUCCGAUGGUGAUGGUAUUCCUGAUUAUUUGGAGGAUAGUGAUGGUGAUGGUAUUCCAGAUUAUUUGGAAGAUUCAGAUGGAGACGGAAUUCCAGACUAUUUGGAUGCGGAUACGAAAUCACAAUUCAUGCCGCAGAAGUUUCGAAAAUUAGGACGCGGUCAACCGGAUUAUGACCUCGAUCAUGAUGGAAUUCCGGAUUUUCUAGAAGGUGACUCAGACGGUGAUGGUAUACCGGACUACUUGGAGGACAGUGAUGGUGAUGGGAUUCCUGACUAUCUAGAAGACGAAGACGGAGAUGGAGUGCCCGACUACUUAGAUGAGGAUGCAACUAGUCAAUUUUCAGCCAAAAAAACUCGAACUUUGCGGAAGAGACAAAAAAACUCGAACUUUGCGGAAGAGAGCAAAAUCGGGGGACUUGGACGGCGAUGGUAUUCCUGA